CAACACUAAGAGACCACCCCGAAUCAAUUAAAAGUCCAGCGUCCUCGAAUCCCCAUGGCUGGCUACUGGCAGUGAUGGUCUGCAGCGCAUCAUCUAUUGGCACGGCACGAAACAUGUGCCACUGUCUGCAAUAAAGUCGGGCGCUGGAUAAAAAGGUUGCAAAAUGCCUUGUGUCAGUGCAGAAAACUAAGCAAUGUUAGGCUGGAACGAGGAAGUGGAGAGGAGAGGGGAGGGACUGAGGGCUGAGCUCCAUCCUGCAGCCGCGGCGCUGAGAACAGCAGCACAUGGAGCUGGGGAGAGCUGGAAGACCUUCAUAUUGCAAACUCAGGGAAUAGCAGAAUACCUGCAAAGAAUGGAGACAGAGGAGGCCCAGGACAUGUCCCAGGGUUCAGGACAGGAAAGCCCCACUGCAAACGAUGUCCCUGAAGAGACAGAUGAGCCAAUGCCUGUCCCUGAAGACCUCUCUGCGACCUCUGGACAGCAACAGACCCCCAAGAAUGAGAAAGUGUUAGCCAGUAAUAUUAAAGUAGAGAAUCAGAAUGAUGAAGAGAAUGGGCGUGCCUGUGAGGUGAAUGGGGAAGAAUGUGCAGAGGAUUUGCGAGUGCUUGAUGCUUCGGGAGUGAAAUUGAAUGGCUCCCACGCAGGCCAAGGCAGCAAAGCCUACUCUUCAGUCGGUGGCAUUCGUCUCCCCAAUGGGAAGCUAAAGUGUGAUAUCUGUGGAAUCGUUUGCAUCGGUCCAAAUGUUCUCAUGGUACACAAACGAAGCCACACCGGUGAACGGCCAUUUCAGUGUAAUCAGUGCGGCGCCUCCUUCACACAGAAGGGCAACCUACUACGCCACAUAAAGCUGCACUCGGGUGAAAAGCCGUUCAAGUGCCACCUAUGUAACUAUGCCUGUCGCCGUAGAGACGCCCUCACGGGUCACUUGCGCACUCACUCCGUUGGGAAACCUCACAAAUGUGGAUACUGUGGCCGGAGCUACAAACAGCGCAGCUCAUUAGAAGAACACAAAGAGCGCUGUCACAACUACUUGCAAAGCAUGGGGCUGCCAAACACAGUCUACUCAGUAGUAAAGGAAGAAAGCAACCACAAUGAGAUGAGUGAAGACUUAAGCAAGAUGGGAUCAAAAAGAGCCCUGGUGCUAGACAGACUAGCUAGUAACGUAGCUAAGCGUAAGAGUUCUAUGCCUCAGAAGUUUGUGGGAGAGAAGAGGCUGUCGGACCUCUCCUAUGAUGGCAACUCGAACAGCUACGACAAGGACAGCGAGAUAAUGCAGCCUCAUGUCAUGGACCAGGCCAUAAACAGUGCCAUCAGUUACCUGGGGGCCGAGUCCCUGCGUCCCCUGGUCCAGACUCCCCCUGCCUCCUCUGAUGUGGUUAUCAGCCCCAUAUAUCCUCUUCAUAAACCAAACAAUGGCAACAACCACAGCCACUCAGUCCAUGACAGUGCCGCCGAGAAUCUGCUUCUGCUCUCCAAGGCCAAGUCAGUUUCCACAGAGAGGGAUGUGUCACCUAGCAACAGCUGUCAAGAUUCCACCGACACUGAGAGCAACAACGAGGAGCGGGCUGGGGCCGGCGGUCUCAUCUACCUGACCAAUCACAUCGCGCCGCAGGCUCGGAAUGGCAUAUCCGCCGUCAAGGAGGAGCAUGGCAGGCAGUACGAUCUCCUGAGGGCCGUAGCGGAAUUCAGGGUGGUCACUAACGAGGGCGAGCAGGUCAAGGCGUAUUACUGCGAACACUGCAGAGUUCUCUUCCUGGACCACGUCAUGUAUACUAUCCACAUGGGUUGCCACGGUUUCCGAGACCCCUUUGAGUGCAACUUGUGUGGCUACCGCAGCCAGGACAGGUAUGAGUUCUCCUCCCACAUGACCCGAGGGGAGCACCGCUUUUAAUGCACACACACUGGGAAAAUCUGAGGGACCAUUGAUGUGGAUUUAUGUAUAUAUAAUAUUUCCAUACUGCAUGGGUGAAAAAAAAACAAAAAAAAACCCAGCACGUUUUAGACAACAUUUUAUAAUGCUAAAAAGCAAAAUGGAACAGCAAAUUAACUUUUUUGGUUUUAUUUUCAUUAAACAAAUUAAUUCACAUGCUUAAAAGGAAUCAUGCCCACUAUUUUCCCCAUGUGUUUGUGCCAACAUCCUUUUAGAAAACAGAAGAGGGUUUAGUUGAGAGGCUUACUGUUUUAUACACGGACACAUCUUGUGAAGAGAAUAUAAAGAAUGCAAUAGAACUUGCUAUUUAGCUUGAACUGCUUUUUUUCUGUUUCAGAUAAGAAAAAGUGCAAAAGUGCAAACUACAGAAAGGUGACAUUUGAUGUAGCAUAUGUGGAAAUCCUGAAAAUACUAAUAAAUUAAAGAAAAAACUACUGUAUUUGCCAAAAUGAAACAUUUAUAAUAUGUAUUUUAAAAUGUCGUGGUUGGGUUGUUUGUUCAAAGUAUUCCAUAUUUGGACAAAUAACUAAACUGGUAUUAUCCUACAUACACAACAACAGAAGGGUUCUUACAAGUAUUUGAUGAUGAUAUAUGGUUGUAAAACUGUGCGUCAGCUUUGUAAUACAAAAGCUUUGAAAGAGUAAACAAGAGCUUGCUUUCUUUCUACAGCUGAAACAUUUUAUUCCAAAAUUUCACUGCACCACCCUUGGUGACCGUACUUGAAAUACACAUUUUGGGCUACUCUUCAUGGUUACAGUUCCAUGUAGUUUAAAUCUACAAGCAGUGUUCUAUCCAGGUGACACCAAGGUGACAUUCAGUGACUAGUAGUUCCCUUUCAAGUAUGAAAUGUAACCAUUACAGAGUGGGUUAAUGGUUCAUUUCUAUUUCAGGGAACCAGGGUUAUGAUAAUAAACGUUAGUCUGCCUGCCAAAACACAUUUUACAUUACAGUGAAUGAAGCUCUAUCUUACUUUUUUUUUUUUUUUUACUGUGCAACUAAUAAAUUAAUAUUUUAAUUGAUUAAAACCCUGAUACUUAGUAUUACAAUAGAAAAAUAGCUGUUUUUAUUUCUACGUUUCCAAUUCAAAUUUCCAUAUAGACAGGAUUAUAAUUAUGCAUGUUACAGUUACGUGGAGCAAAAAUGCAACAGAUGAAACAGCACAGUACAUACAGAAGUGCACUCAUUACAGAAGUGAUUAUGCAAACUAGAUCUCAAGUGAGACACUUGUAUAUUGACAUUUUUAUUUUGCAGUCAAUGUUUGAGAUUAAUUUACAAAUCUGUGCGUAAUUAAGUCUGUAUUAAAUGUGUGGUGGCAUAUAAAGUAGCUGUUUCAACUUUUGAAUUCAUUAGGGUACUGUUAGUUUGUAAUAAAAGGGUUCAAGUUGUACAAUAUUUAGUAUCGAAAUGAAGAAUUAAGGCAAUCAUUGUAUGCGUGGUUCUAUAAUGCAGAACCAUCAGUGACAUUAUUUUUAUGUAAAGUAUUUAUGCUAUUUUGCAUAAUGUAUUUCAUGUUUUUUUUUUUUUAUUUAUGAUAAGAUGCUUUCCACUUGCAUACAUUUUAUGAGUACAUUCAUACAUACUGUAUUUCUUCUGUACAGUCUGAGUUUUGUUUACAGCAAAAAAAAAUGUGUGAAUGUUCAAAAGUUGUUGUUUUUUUUUUUUCUUUCAGCAUUCAUGGUGAAUUAUUAUUAUUAUUUGUUUAUUUAGCAGACGCCUUUAUCCAAGGCGACUUACAGAGACUAGGGUGUGCAUCAGAUGUAGAGUCACUUACAAUUACGUCUCACCCAAAAGACAGAGCACAAGGAGGUUAAGUGACUUGCUCAGGGUCACACAAUGAGUCAGUGGCUGAGGUGGGAUUUGAACCGGGGACCUCCUGGUUACAAGCCCUUUUCUUUAACCACUGGACCACACAGCCUCCUUACUGAAGACAUCUCAAUCUGCUGUUGUAUAAUGACUUAGGGCACUAGUUUGUUAUUUUUUUUUGUUUGUUUAUGUUCAGGAAAUGAUUUUAUGUUGUGUUUUUGCCUUAUAGGAUGUUGAAAAAAUAUGCCUGCAAAAAGUCUAAUAAAAAAUAUCAUUUUAUAAA